AUGGAAGAAGUCCCACCCGGACGUAUACAAAAUAUAACCAAAGACCAGGAGUUGAGGUUAAAGCAGGUUUGGGCGCAUUUAUUCCAGUAUUGGGGCGUUCCUGUUGAUGUAUCUCAUGUUUUAACUAAAGAUGGUGCUGGCGAUAACCCAUCUGUUAGGUCAGUUUCAAGUGGACAAAAAAAAAAACGGUUAGGUGUUUUCCAUAGAAAGAGAACCGGUUCUAACAGUAGUGAUCAAAAUAGGGGCCAUAGGCUGUCUUCAGUUUCGGUAUCCACCACUAGAUCUCAAGAGUCUAUUGAAUCUAAAUAUUUGCACUCGUUACUUCACAAUUCUCUUGAAGACUUGGAUCCAAAAGAGGUUAGGGAAAAAUUCUGGAGAAUGUUGAGAUGUGAUUAUCCCGAUAACUUAUUGUUAAGGUUUGUUAGAGCUAGGAAAUGGGAUAUAGACAAGGCAAUGGCAAUGAUAGCUCACACAUUGCGCUGGAGGUUAAAAGAAAAUCGUCCGGAUGAGAUAAUUCUUGGAGGAGAAGCCGCAAUGUACAAGGAAGGGAGGCCUGGAUUGAUUAAGCAAUUAGAACUUGGGAAGGCUACUGUUAGAGGAUUUGAUAAGAAUGGUCAUCCAAUUGUGUAUGUCAGACCAAAAUUGCACCAUUCUUCUGAUCAAACCGAACAGGAUGUCCAAGAGUACUCGCUUUUAAUUAUUGAAUUAGCCCGUCUCUUCCUUCGUGAGCCUCAGGAUUCCGCAACAAUUAUUUUUGAUAUGACUGGUUUUUCAAUGUCCAACAUGGAUUACGCACCAGUCAAGUUCUUAAUUACUUGUUUUGAAGCUCACUAUCCUGAAUGUCUCAGCAAGCUUUUCAUCCAUAAGGCUCCAUGGAUUUUCCCACCAAUUUGGAAUAUUAUCAAGAACUGGUUGGAUCCUGUCGUCGCGUCAAAAAUUGUGUUUACUAAAUCUCUUACUGAUUUAGAACAAUAUGUUCCAAUGCAAUAUAUUGCAAAGGAUUUGGGAGGUGAAGAUGACUAUAACUAUGACGGUUUUGUCUUGCCAGAUCCUUCAGUCGAUGAAAAGUUGCAAGACGAGGAAGCGAAAGCUGCGAUCCUUCAAGAGAGAGACAACAUUAUUGAGCAAUUCAUUCAGUCAACAGUGAAUUGGAUAGAGAGUGCCACGGAUGAAGACUCUGAAAAAUGGUUAAGGAGGAAGAUUGAACUCAGCAAGGAACUUUCAGCGAAUUACUCAAGGCUUGAUCCUUAUAUUAGGUCUAGGUCUUUUUACGAUGUCAAUGGUACGUUGAAAGUCUCCAGCGAGUGA